AUGAGUGGUGUCCAUCCAGAGGGGGGAUACCCAGGAGGUCCUCCGGACCUUAGCUUGCUACAGCUUUAUCAAGAGCAUUCAUCAUAUUACAUAUGGGAAGGACAUGAAAAACAAGAAAUGAGAAUUGAUGAGAAGACAUUUCAAUUGAACGAUUGGCAUCUAACCGAAGAGCAAGUUCAAUUAGUGAACCCGUCUGGGUUGGGUGCUCUGAAUGCAGGUCGAAUUGAUCAUACUUUGGUUGCUGCCAAUGCAGAAAGUGACCUCCACAAGUUCAUAGAAGACAAUUUGGGUAUAGUCCCCACUAGAGGUAACUUGACAACCAUAAAAUAUUCAUGGUUGAAGGUUAAUUUUAGGGGAUUGCCAUCUAAUGCAUCCCCUGUGGAAAUAGUCAAAUAUACUCGAGCCUAUUUACUCUUCCUCAUCAGUGUUACCAUUUUCGCUAAUGCAUCAGUUGCAACAGUUCCAACAAGGUACUUGCAAUUCUUUGAAGAUAUUGGGCAAGCUAGCAGAUAUACAUGGGGUGCUACUGCCCUCGCAUAUCUAUAUCGUUCUCUUGAAAAAACUUGUACUUUCAAGCGAAGACAUUUCAGUGGUUCUGCCACUCUUAUGCAGGGAGCCACCAAGAAUUAUUAUGGCAAUCCACAUAAUUUGAUGCCUCCCAUUAAACAAGAAUUAGUUAACCUCCAACCAAAUGAGAUAAUAUGGAAUUCAUACUUCAAGCUUGAUGAGGCCAUUUCAGAUGAUAAGCAUGAGGCAUUUGAAACUGCAAUGUGCGUAACAACUCUUAUCUUUGAUGAUAUUGCCGAGCCAUAUAUGCCAGAUCGUGUUUGCCGCCAAUUUGGAGCUAAACAGGGCAUUCUAAGAAAUCCUUUAUCUAUUGACAUUGAAGUCGGUACUGCGAAUGGGUUGCCCUCGGAGGAGUACAAGGCUUAG